CUCGUUAGAUUUGGGGUGUGUAAUGCUGCGGAGGUGCGCAGUGCGGGGGGUCAGCGUGCGCUUCAGGCCGGUCAGAGCGCGCAGAGCUCCGGAUGCAUCUGGUCCGCUCACACGCACCACGGCUACUCCACACCGACCUCUUCCAGAAGACAACGCGAAGAUCGUGUCCUCAGAGCCAAAAGGGACAGGACUGCUGCACAGAAAUCUAACACUGCAAAGCUGACCAAAGACGACAGGACACCUGAGUAAAGCCUGUGCUCAUCAGAAAGCGGUGGAUCUGCACUCCUAAACCCCAACAAAGCAGGAUGACCCACAACCGUCCCUUCAUGCUCUUAUUAAUUUAACCCCCGUUAACCGGUCCGAACCAGCACUCACUGCAUGCUUCUACAGACUAGAAAACUGCUGCAUCCCCUCCCCUUUCCUCUGGAAUAAAAGCCCUAACAGUCAGUCUCCGCUUAAGCAGCAUGCCCGACGCUGCCUCCGCCAGUAACGGUGCCGAUCCCGACGGCUCGCGCUACCGCCACCGCGCGCACACAGAAGCCGAAAAGACGGAGCAAAGCGCCUCGUGCCAGCCAACAUCAUCUGGUGUUCUGGAUAAACUGUUUGGAAAGAGGCUGCUGCAGGCUGGAAGAUACAUCAUGUCCCAUAAAUCCUGGAUGAAGACAGUGCCCACAGAGAACUGUGAUGUCCUCAUGACUUUUGCAGACACCACAGAUGACCACACAUUACUGUGGCUUCUGAAUCAUGUACGCCUUGGCAUCCCAGAACUUAUCAUCCAGAUACGUCACCACAAACACACACAAGUCUAUGCGUUCUUCGUUACAGCAACAUAUGAAAAUCUUUUGCGAGGAGCAGAGGAGAUGGGUCUGCGGAAAGCAGUGAAACCAGAAUUCGGAGGUGGCUCUCGCAGCUUCUCUUGUGAGGAGGACUACAUUUAUGAGAACAUUGAGAGUGAAUUGUGCUUUUUCACAUCACAGGAACGUCAGAACAUAAUCAAAUACUGGCUGGAUAAUCUCAGAGCCAAACCAGGGGAGGUUCUUCACAACAUCCACUUUCUUGAAGGGCAGCCCAUAAUCCCAGAGCUAAAGGCACGAGGUGUGAUCCAACAAGUCUUCCCCCUCCAUGAGCAGAGAAUUCUGGGCCAGCUAAUGAAAUCAUGGGUGCAAGCUGUGUGUGAAAAGCAGCCCUUAGAUGAUAUAUGUGAUUAUUUUGGAGUGAAGAUUGCCAUGUACUUUGCCUGGCUGGGUUUUUACACAACGUCUAUGCUGUAUCCUGCUGUGAUAGGAUUUGUACUGUGGAUGCUGACUGAAACUGAUCAGACCAGCAGAGAUAUAUGCUGUGUAGUAUUUGCCCUCUUUAAUGUGGUGUGGGCCACAUUGUUUCUGGAGAGGUGGAAACGAAGAGGAGCAGAACUGGCUUACAAAUGGGGCACAUUGGACACACCAGCUGAAUCACUUGAAGAGCCACGGCCACAGUUUAGGGGUGUGAAGCGGUGCAGUCCAGUGACGGGCUGUGAGGAGUUUUAUUACCCACCUUGGAGAAGGAGGGUGUUCAGAUGGUUGGUUAGCUUUCCUGUCUGUAUUUGCUGCCUUUGCUUUGUCUUCCUGGCCAUGCUCAUCUGCUUUGAGCUUCAGGAAUUUGUGAUGGGGAUUAAAGAGCUGCCACGGGUGGUGAGGUUUAUCCCUGAAAUCAUACUGGCCAUCACUGUGACUGCAUGUGACGAGGUGUACAGAAAGAUAGCCUGUUGGCUUAAUGACAUGGAGAACUACAGACUCCAGAGUGCCUAUGAGAAAAAUCUCAUCAUCAAAAUGGUUCUUUUUCAGUUUGUAAAUUCAUAUCUCAGCCUUUUCUACAUUGGAUUCUACCUCAAAGACAUGGAGCGUCUAAAGGAGAUGCUGGCAACACUGCUGAUAAUCCGCCAGUUCAUGCAGAAUUUGAAGGAAGUGCUACAGCCGUACUUGUACGAGCGCCACCGCCUGGGAGAGCUGACUUUGCGUGCUGUGUGGGACCUUCUAGUAUCAGCAUUAAUAAAGUAUGGACGUCUGGCAGUUGGAAGGGCACACAUGUCCCCCAGCAAAUCCAGCAUCCCUGGGCAAGGCCUGCAGGGAAACCAACAAGGCAUUCCAGGCCAGCAAGAGCGCCAUGAGCGCAAGUGCUUGAACGGAGGCUGUGGUGUCCCAGAUGAGGAACUUGAGGAUGAAGCUGGAGCCAGAAACAGUGCAGAGGAGACAGAAGAGGAGAAUGCCAUCGAUUGUGGCCUCAAACUGCGCAAAGUCAGCUUUAUUGAGAAGGUGGAUCGCAAGUCUAUUGGUUGUGUCAGUCCCAUAGAGGACAGCUUCCUAGAGGAGGGGAGCCCCACCAUGGUGGAGAAAGGCAUGGACCCAGCUUUGGUCUUUGAGAUGUGCGAUGAUGAUGACGACAUCUCAGAGACAAAGGAACAAGUCGCAGAGUCAGCUGGGUCUGAGAGCAGCGUGCCACCAAAGCUGUGGAAGAGAGGCCGGAGUCUAGAGAGGGCUGACAGUAAGAGCCGGAGAGAGUCAUGGAUGGAUCCCCCAGAGGAACAAGAGACCACAACACUCACCCAAGCUGAAAUCGAGAGCUGCAUGCAAACAUAUGUGGACACAUUUCAGGAUUACCAGGAAAUGUUUAUUCAGUUUGGCUACGUGGUGCUCUUUUCCUCUGCCUUCCCACUGGCAGCCAUGUGUGCCCUCAUUAACAAUAUCAUUGAGAUCCGCAGUGAUGCCUUCAAGCUCUGCACAAGCCUCCAAAGGCCAUUUGGCAUGAGAGUGGAAAGCAUUGGACACUGGCAGACACUGAUGGAGGCAAUGGGCUUGAUAGCAAUCAUUGUGAACUGUUACUUGAUUGGUCAAUGUGGGCAGCUACAGAGGCUUUUCCCUUGGCUGAGCCCUGAGAUGGCCAUUAUCUCAAUCGUGAUUUUAGAGCACUUUGCUGUCCUACUGAAAUAUGUAAUACAUGUGGCAAUUCCUGACACCCCCAGUUGGGUAAGAGAAGAAAUGGCCAAACUGGAGUUUCAGCGCAGAGAGGCAUUCAAGAAGCAUGAGCGCCAAGCACAGCAGCACUUCCAGCAACAGCAGAGGAGAAAAAGAGAAGAGGAAGAACGACAACGGCAAGCUGAGUACCAGGCCCGGCGUGAGCGGGACGAUGGGCGGCCUGACGCAUCUGGAAGCGACCACCAUCAUGAAAAGAGCCAAGGAGGCAAAUCCAGAUCGGGAGGAGGAGGUGGAGGAACUGUAAGCGACAAACCGAAGAGACCCAGCUCACUGCUGGCCAACAAUAACGUAAUGAAACUCAAACAGAUCAUCCCGCUGCAAAGCAAGUUUUCAUCUGGCACAGCCCGUUCACCACAGUCACCAACAGGGAGUGAACCAAAGCUCCCGGGCUUCCUUAGCUUCAAGUUCCUCAAGUCUCCAGAAAACAAAAAGGAAGCGGCGGCAGCCGCUUCAGCUUCAGCCGCUACUGGCAUGGCUGCACUUGGACAGGAGAGAUCACAGUCCCCCAGCAAGUCCUUUAAUCCUGGGAAACUGUUUAAUUUUGGCAAAUCGGAUGGUGGGGCAUGUAUAAAUGGGGCUCAAGUCACAAAACCAGGGGAGGGGGUGCAGCCAAUGGAGAAACCGCUAACAAAGUCUGAUCUCAAUGAUGUGUCAGACGAAAUCCCAACAACAGGGGAAGAGGAACAGGAGAAUGGACACUCAUUAGACUCAGAUUCCUCAGUUCCUAAAAUCUAAAUCCAAUAAAAAAACACCUACUGUAGAAAAAUGUCUAACAAAUGGAUACAGACGGUCCUCUCAGUGUCCUUAUGCACAGUGAAGGACUGAGCCUUUUUUUCUGAGGAACAUAGGCUUUUCAAAGAUGACUCCCCCUACGUACACACACAAUGCCUUUUGUCUACAAUACAUACAGGAAUGCAUGAGAAGCAUUUCUAAUAUGUUUUGAAAAUGGUAUUCCCAAAAAGAAUAGUACAGUUUAUCAAGUUAUCAUGGUCUAAGAAUUGUAAGCAUUUUAAGCACCCUUCAUUUAAAAAUAUUUUACCAUCAGUUUUAUAUCAUACACUGAGACCUUCAAAAAAUAACACCACAGCUUGAUAAUCUGAACAUUCAGUUUGAACUGUGAGUGUUUCUAUCCCUGAAAAUUUUUGUACUUAAAGCAGCUGGUUUAGAUUAGCAAUUGCAACAGUAUUUCAUGAAUAAGGAGGUGCUGUAAACCUGCAAGUUAUAGAAAUUCCUGCAUCACUAGAACAUGUAGAUUCAAAUUGAAGAAAAUGCAAUAUCUCUGUUUAGAAUGACAGAUACACAGGUUUGUGAAGAACAGGAGUCUGGAGUCAUUAUGAAUGGUUGUAGGACUGCCUGAAAACUUGAGACAAGUGUGGCAAGAACAAAUUGUGAACGUGAGAGUAUAGUGUGUGGAUGGAAGUGUGGUGGCUUUUUCAAAAUACAGCCUCUUAUUGCUGAAGUACAGAUAGCCGCUUGGACAGGCUGGCGAAUAAGACUAUCAUGGUACUAAAUUAAAAAAAAAAUUGUGUCCUCCUGUGCAUCUUUUAUAUAAUUAACCUAGAGGGUAGCAUUUGACCUCAACAUUCACUUUUUUCAGUUCUUACACUGGUUUAGUGGAGAGAGUUUUGAAUUGUGGAGAAGACAUUCCCUUGAUUUGCUACUCAAAAGCCUGCUGGACCAUCAUAAAAAUCCAGGCAAAGGGGAUUCUGUGAGGAAGUGUAGUAAUGCGUAGCAUUUCCAUUUCCACAGUUCAUACUAGUUUCAGCCUCAGAGAACAUUUUGCACUAAAUCCUACUGCUGGUGGGAGGGAAAGACUUUGCUAAGAAUAGGAGAACACCAGCUUGCCUCAUAAUGUAUGCAAAUGCUUAAUUAUUGUUUUCAUUGCAAUGCACUACAGAAGCAUUAUUAACCCAUCUGGUUUCUGAACAUCUCGGUGCUUUAUCUAACUUGGUCUAACGUGUUUAUUUGCCUAUUCAUUCCUAUCUUGUUUAUUUUUAUAAUUCUGACUUCAUUACUUGCCAAAGCAACUAGCAGAAACACUUUUGUGCAUUGAUACAGUUUCUUUGUAAAGCCAUAACUGCUUGGAAUAUUUUACCAGAAAAUACAUUUAGUUUGCAAAAAUAUCCUAGCAGCUCUGAUGACCAUUUGAAGGAAUAUGGAAGAAUACAUAAUUUCUACAUUGUUUCAUUGCUGGACACAGGAAGUGGAAAUGGAGACUGGGCACAGAAGGUGAAAUACUGAUCCAUUAAUUCAGUAUAAAUUCCUUUUAUUAAUCACAUUAACUGAAUUAGCUUUAAAAUGUAACCUGUAGUUGGAUUUUAGCAGUCUGCUCACUGGCUUAACUGCAAAUGAAUUAAAAUAAGUGAAAUGAAGAUGAUCCUAAAAUGGAAAGGCAAGCAAUUUGCACAGUAUUUUUUUUUUGUUUGUUUGUUUUUGUUUUGUCUAUUUUUUCUUAGCAUUACCCAGAAUACAAGAUGAACAACAGACAAUGUGAGAGGAAUGAUAAGCUAAUAAUUAAACAAUUGUCAUGAAAUGCCCAACAGUGGAUUUGAACUAAAGCAAUUCUGUUUAAUAUCAGUGAAGUACUUGUGAUUUGAUUACAUAGUAUUAUAGUAAUGUGAUAGGUAACAGGAACUAUGCACUUAUUUCCUCAUUUUGUUGACAGAGUUGGCUCAAAUAACUGUUGCAAUAAUAUGUCAGACUGAACAAUAAUCCUUACUCAUCCAGAACUGAAGUUUUACGUCCUGAAUGUCGAGUAACGUCAAAAGUAGGAUUUUAACAAGACAUUGUAACUGGUGAAAUGCGAUGUUAACUUUUAUGUUUAAUGUUCAUACAACCCAACUAUUAGCCCUAUCCAAACCUUUUGAAUUAGCUCUGUGCUUCCAUUGGGUCUUAAAUAGAAAAUGUACAUUUUUUUAGAUUUGUUGUGUUAUGAAUAAUAAUCAUCCCCCUAAAUUCUGCACAAUUCAAAAAAUUACAGUUGGAGUUUUUCUAAAUAUUGCAUCUGUGUUCUAGUAUAAUAAAAGUUACAUGUUAGUCACCUAUUAAUGACAAUGCUAUUCCCUAUUAACAAUCUUAUAUAUGUAGUAUAAGAUAAUAAGACUAUAGUUUUAUUAUCUUAUACUACAUAUAUAAGACAGUUAAUAGAGAAUAGCUUUGUAUAUAUAUAGCUAUUUAGAUUUAAUAUUGACAUUAAUUUGGCAGUAUUUAAUGCUAGAAGAAGUGUUUAAGAAAUAAAAUGACACAUUAAAAAUUAUACAAAAUGACAUUUCAUAAUCAACUGCAUAUUUUAAACUAUUUAAAUAAAAAGUGUUUGCAUUGCUUAUUGUAAUUCUCAAAUUUAUCAUGUGGAAAAUGUGCGAAUUUGGAUCUUAGAAUAAAGAAACCUCUGGAGUAUUAGAGCAACACAUGUAAUAUUUCUGGACCAGGUAGAUAUAACUGUGGUAUAAAUAGAUUUUCAUUUCAGUUUCAUUACUUAUUAAUAACAAUAUUUCCUUGACAGAAAAAGACUCUUACUCCAUUGUGCAGAAAGAAUUUACUCUGUGUAAAGAGAAAUGAAACCCUGUCUGAUGUGGCUUACACUAAGGCACGAUGUCUGUGUUCUACAAAUAUGAAAUAAUAAUUCAUACCCUAUUAUCUUGAGUGUUACUGUGUAUUUAUAGCAAAGACAAUGAGUUUUAUGUCUUAGUUUAACUGAAGAGAAACAUGGAUGCUGCAAGGUCUCUGUCAUAUCUGUCCAGCAGUUAAUGUCAUCACCAGUUAAUCAUCAGUUAAAGUUAUUUAAUAAGAUCAGACAUUUAUUUUUUACUAAUCUAUAAAAAAAAAAAACCUUAUAUGUGACCGUGGUUUAUGUUCAACCCUACUGUGAAUAAUUAAUGGGCUAUUUAUUUUUGAUUUAUACUUUUAAGAAAUUGCCACUCAGAAGCAGAUAUGUGCGGUUACAGACAGUGAAAAAAAAAACAAGAGCCUAGUAGUACUCAAGUGUGUAGAAUUCCUUCUCUGAAGGCAACCUCACAAAUUAACAUGCACUUCCAAUACACCACUGUAAAGUUUCUUUCAUUUUCAAAAAAAAAAAUGUUCAUAGAAAAUGGUUUUAUUUAUUUCUGUUCAUUUAUUUUUGUCAUAUUUUUGUAAGACCUGAAAUGGAAUAAUAAACAGUUUUAAAUUUA